AUGUCAUGUGCUUUACGAUUGUUAACAAUUAUUGUUAAUAGUGUUCGAAAUGAAGAUGAUAAAUGGAAACAUCUUUCACGGCAAAUUGUCGAUGUGCUUCUUGUUCAUUUACAAUCAUAUGUUACUAUUGUACUAUUUGAUGCUGUAUCAUCAGUUGAAUUACGACCAAUUGAUCCAUUUGUUAUUGCUUUUCGAGCAUUUAAUGAAAAUGGUCUUGUAUUAGUUUUAUUAAUUGAACAAUUUCUUCCAUUACAGUAUAUAUCUGUAUUACGUUUAACUGAAUUAAUUGUUUAUGAUCGUAUUGAAACGAUGUUAACACUUGACCAACAAACAUUAAAUAAACAAUUAUUACCUAAAUAUUUACCAUUAAUUUUAUAA